GUGGUCUCAUCCUUCUUGUACAACUAUAAAAGUGCGACUGAGGAGAUCCUCACUUACGUCUGCUCGAGACACGCUCAGGUAAGAAAAUCUUUGCCAUGGUGUUUCAGCUGUUGUUGCUAUGUGAGGCGUUUUAGAUUGACACUUGCCUUUGACCACAAUAAUGAUGAUGUUGUGUCUUUGUGACUAUUUCAGACUCCUCCAGUAUCACAUCUUCACCUCUCCACUGAUAAUACAGUAUGGCAUCCAGAAGCCCCCUGUCCAAGGCUACCACCACCUUCAGCCUGAACUUGAUGAAGACGUUGUGUGAUGGUGGCGAAACAUGCAACACAGUCUACUCCACAUUCAGUGUCUACUCCACUCUGGCGAUGCUCCUGCUGGGUGCCAGAGGCAACACCCAAAAGCAGAUCGCUCAGGUGAUGGAAUCUCUCGCUGUACAAGGGGAUAUUAUCCAAAACGUGGGGGGACUGCAGAGAAAAUUUCUCCAUUUUGCCAAGAGACUGUUCGGAGAGAAGUCCUACAACUUCACUGAGAGUUUCCUGAUAGAAUGCAAAGCUAUUUUUGGAGUUGAAUUCCAACCUGUGGACUUCAUCAACCAUGCUGAGGAAGCCAGAGACAAGAUCAACCACUGGGUGGCUAGUGAGACUAACGGAAAGGGCCAGGAUCUGCUGUCAAAGGGUUCAGUGAACAAAGAGACCAAGAUGGUGGUGGUCGAUGCCACCUUCUUUGAAGGUGACUGGGAACAGCCAUUUAGCGAAAGUGACACAACAGCUCACAAGUUCUGGAUCAGCGAGACCGAGUGGAAGCCAGUGAAGAUGAUGAAUCAGUCGGGGUACUUUGCGUAUGAGGCUGACACCCACACCAAGUACUUGGAGCUGCCGUUCAAAGGAGGUGAUUUCAGCAUGUUCAUCAUUCUGCCUAAUGACAAAGAGGACGGCCCGACUUUUAAAAAGAUGAGGAGUGGGCUGGCCCGUGGGGACUUCAAGAAGAGGACGGAUGGUGAGCCAAUGCCAAAGACCCCUGUCAAAGUCUCUCUUCCUCACUUCACCAUUGAGCAAAAGCUCCAGAUGAAAGAUGCUCUGAAGCGCAUGGGGAUGGUUGACGCCUUCGACCCGGCAAAGAGUGACUUUUCAGGAAUGUCCCAGUGCCAGGAUUUGGCAGUGUCUGAAGUCUUUCAGCAGGUGUUCGUCAAUGUGGACGAGGCUGGCGCUGCAGCAGGGACUAGAUCUGUUGCUGUGGCCGAACGGCGUCUUCAUAUGGCACGACCACCUCCAUCGGAGUCCUUUGUUGCAGAUCAUCCUUUCAUCUUCUUCAUUAUACACAAUCCCUCCUCAACUGCUCUCUUUCUGGGCAAAUUCCUCUCACCAUAGUGAACAAGAGAGUGAGGUGAUGCACAACCAUGAUUCAGCCUGAAACAAUAUGAGGCUUAAGAGUGAUCCUUUAGUGAUCAUGAUGUCUGUUCUUUAGAGUUCAACCAUCCAAAGUCUAAUCAUCUUAUGAGAUUGUGAGUCCUCAAAUCAAGUCAAAAUCACACAUUUCUUUAUAAAAUUUUAGACAACUAUUAUUCAACUCUGAUGAAAUACAACAUAAUUUACAGUGUUUGGCUGA